AUGGCUCCGCAGAAGCAGGCCAGAUUGCAAAUAUUGACCCACGAUGUCGUAAAGAGUCUUGUCUAUGGCAACGAGACAAAACAAUGUGGAUAUUUUUACAUACUCGUUGAAUUGGUGGAUACUCGUGUUGUACGAAGUACUUUUGAUACUUGUUUCACAGAAUAUUUCGAGAAAGGGCGUGGUUGCAGAGAUUUUUGGCAGGCUCUAGGAAACGAACUGUCGGGAACGAUUGAAGCACGCCCAGGCUUCACUGGUGACGCCUCUUACAUGUUGCGCGCCUUGUGGUUGACAUUGAAUAGCGAUUUUCAUGAGGAUGACUCGAAUGUAAUAAAAGUAGGAGAGUUACUCCGUAGGACUUAUGCAAGGCGUAUCGUUGUUCACACCAACGGCGCGCGCAUUUCAUAA